AUGUACAACAACCAAUCUCACAAAAAUGUUGGACAGAGUAGUUCUAAUCAAGGAAGUCCAUCUGCUCAAAUUAAUAUUCUUGAAGUUAAUACCAAUCAAUCGAAUCAAAUGUCUUCUCAACCUCAAAGUCUUGCCAUACAAGAUAAUAUGCAAGGUACAACUCCAACAGUUGCUGAAACAGGAAGAUCGCCUAUUACACAAUCACCUGGAAUGAAUAUAAUGUCUACUUUAAAAGCAUCAUUUCCUUUACUAUCUUUAGCAAUGGAAACUGUGGUCGAUCAAAUUCAACAACGUCUUAAGCCAAAUUCAGAUGAGGAUAUUUAUAGAUUGAUUGUUGCACUUUUAAAUGAUGUCACUAAAAAUACAGGAACAAGAUGA